AGAACAAAGUAAAGCUAAAACCCCCUAUAUUUCCCCACUUUCCUCCCACUAGUCUCCUUCCUUAUCUUCCUCUCUCACCAUCCGACCUUUUCUUCCCCUCCUCCCAUCUCUCUCUGUCUCUCUAAUGGCAGGAAAGCUGAGCUGAUGCCCAUAAGGAUUUCCAAAGGCAGAGGGGACACAGCUCUAUUUGACCUCCAAAGCCUGGCAUCUCAAUUCGAGGAGUUCGUGCCUCGCCGGAGAUGAACUGCGGGCCGCCGCCGGGUCAGCUUCCGCCGUGCAUCCUCAACCUCAACUGGGAGCAGUCCAUGGACCCGACCAGCCACUUCGAGUCGGCGCUCAGCUCCAUCGUCUCCUCACCAUCGUCCAAUUCUGCUCCACCGGAGGGCCUCGCCGUCAACAACUUUGUCGGACGGCUGGGGAGCGUCUACAAUUCUGGCGAGAUCUCCCCCCAGUCCCACUACAUGACGACCCCUCUGAAUUCCCCUCCAAAGCUCAAUCUUUCCAUCAUGGGCCACAUCGGCCACCCUCAGCCGGCCGUCGGAAGCCUGCCGUUCUCGGCGAAUCCCAUACCUAUAGUCCAUCUGGAUCAAUUCUCUGCGGACCCAGGGUUCGCUGAGAGGGCCGCAAGGCUUUCUUGCUUUGAUGGCCGGAAUUACAGCGCGUUUGCGGGCCAGUUUGGUCUCCCAGAGGCUGGAAAGCUCUCGAGGUCGUCGAGCAGCCAGUCUCUCAAGGCAACUGGACCUCAAACGGGGUUUCCAGAGAGGGGCAAGGCGAUCCAGACGCAGGAGAGGAUGCAUUUGGAAGCAAAAAAUGCAGAAUUUGGUAAUGCUCGAGAGGAAUCAUCAGUCUCGGAUCCGGUCUCGGCAAGUGGUGAGGUAAACUUGAAAGGUUCCGGUGAAAACAACCCAAGGAAGAGGAAAGCUGCACCAAAGGGCAAAGGAAAGGAGACAGCUUCGCAGAAUUCUGCCAUGGAUCCUCCGAAGGCAGCAGCGGAGGAGGAUUCAAAUGCGAAGAGAAGUAGGUCUGCAGAAGAUGAUGGAACUGAAAAGGAAUCAAUUAAACCAAAGGUUGAACAGAAUGGCAGUGGUAGUGCCAGUGGUGAUGGUGGCCAAAAACAGGGGAAGGAGAACAAUGCGAAGCCCCCGGAGCCACCUAAAGACUACAUUCAUGUCAGGGCAAGAAGAGGCCAAGCAACAGAUAGUCAUAGCCUCGCAGAAAGAGUUAGAAGAGAGAAGAUCAGCCAGCGCAUGAAGUUACUACAAGAUCUUGUACCGGGUUGCAACAAGGUUACUGGCAAAGCAGUUAUGCUUGAUGAGAUUAUAAAUUAUGUACAGUCAUUGCAGCGCCAAGUAGAGUUUCUUUCUAUGAAGCUGGCAACCGUGAAUCCCCGAUUGGACUUCAACAAUGUGGCAAAUCUCUUUCCCAAAGAUAUGCAUCAGACUUGUGGACCUGUGUCAAAUUCAGUUUAUCCACUAGAGACCUCGGGUGCUGCAUUACCAUAUGCAAACCAACCUCAGCAGGGCGCUCCAUUCCAUUGUGUGGUGACCAAUGCCUUGGAAACAGAGAGUAUGAACCCAUUAGACUCCACUCUAUAUCAAAAUCUAGGCAGUCGCCAACCUUUUGUUAAUGGAUUUGGAGAUGCUUCAUCUCAGCUGGGGACAUUCUGGGAGGAUGAUCUCCAAAGUGUUGUUCCAGUAGACUUGGGACAGAAUCAGGAGAUUGCCAUCUCUUCUCAGUGCUUUCAUGGUUCAUUGCCCACAGCUCACAUGAAAAUUGAGCUCUGAUCCGUUGAAAUCAUUCAGAGUACAAGUUUGUAUAUAACAGCACAUGAAGCUUCGAGCUAACAAUCUUUAGGUCCAAGCAAAAUUUUCAUUAUUUUCUAUUUUUCUUUGGGGUAAAUGAUUCUUUUGGGAAUUCUUGUGAUUAUCAGUGUAAGGUCUCAGUGGACUAGAGAAAUCAUGUGGUGCAGAUAUUUCAAACACCACAUUUAAUGUGUGCUAUUGUGAGUGAAGGAGAGAGAUUUGACAUCAUGAUGCUGCUGUAUUAUCAUGACAAUUCUAGUAUUAAUCCAUUAAGAUGUUUUCUUCAAGUUGUCGCAA